AUGCGCGGCUCAAGUCGAAAUACCUUCAACUUGAACUUUCCUCUGCGCCGAUUUUUGCUGCAAAGUGCUCGGGCCGCUCGAGGCAGCCCUCCACUUGGCCAAAGGCUUUGCGAUGCGGAAAAGGGAGGAAACAACAGCGGAGGAAAUGGCGCUCAUGGAAGCGGUUCCAAUGGGGGCGGAAAGCAUGAUAAGACUGUAUCGUCAGGCCAUGGCAGUAAUAAGCUUAACUCGGAUUCAUCUUCGCAGCAUUCUGCAAACUCUCCGGGAAAUCUGGAUCGGGGAACCGUUAGCUCAAAGCUUACCCCCAGCAGUCACAAAUCAUCACACAGCCUGCACAGUAAGGGGGGUAAUACGGGUACGGCUGGAGGAGUUGGUUCGAACGUAUCGUCCACUGCUGGGAAGGUUCCCGAAGAGUGUCCUUUGUGCUACGACGUACUACCCUCGAGCGAUGACUAUUAUCCGCUGCUGAAUUGCAAGCACUACGCGUGCCGAGCGUGCCUCGAAAAUUAUCUGAUGAUCCAGAUUUCCGAAUCGCGUACGGAUAUCAGCUGUCCACAAUGUUCGGACUCGAUGCAUCCCACUGACAUACGAACGCUCUUGAAAGCGUUCCCGACCGCCAUCACAAAGUACGAGGACUUUAUGGUUCGACGAGUGUUGCUGUCGGAUCCGGAUUCCCGCUGGUGUCCCGGACCGGACUGCACCUACGCGGUCAUUGCCACCGGAUGUGCCUCUUGUCCGAGAAUCAGCUGCCAAAGGCCCGGUUGCGACGUCCAAUUUUGUUAUCAUUGCAAGGCGGAAUGGCAUCCAGAUCAGACCUGCGACGCGGCUCGUGCAUCUCGCCAAAGUCCAACGCGCGCCCUGUCCGGUAGUAUUAGAAAAAGUUCACAGCAUAAGGACGAAAUUAAACCCUGUCCCAGGUGUCAAGUGCUGAUCGUGAAGAUGGAUGACGGAUCUUGUAACCACAUGGUGUGUGCCAUCUGUGGUUCUGAGUUUUGCUGGCUGUGCAUGAAGGAAAUCAGCGAUCUUCAUUAUCUGAGCCCAUCUGGGUGUACAUUCUGGGGUAAAAAACCUUGGUCGCGUAAAAAGAAAUUACUGUGGCAACUCGGCACACUAGUGGGAGCUCCACUUGGAAUAGCCUUGGUAGCAGGAAUUGCCGUCCCAGCAAUGAUCAUAGGAAUCCCCGUUUGGGUUGGCAGGAAAAUACACACGCGCUAUAAAUCGGCCGGUAAACAUAAACGUAAUUUUGCUGUUCUUGGAGGAGUAACGGCAUCGGUGAUAGUGUCGCCUGUCCUAGCCGGAUUAGCGGUUGCCAUCGGUGUGCCAAUAUUGCUGUUUUACGUGUAUGGUGUCGUACCUGUCUCGCUAUGCCGUGCGGGUUGUGGUGAAGGGACGAAAUUUGAAUUCGACGAGGAAGAAGACAACGCUUCCCGUAAUCACGACGCCGCCAGUGUAGAUGCUGUUUCGCGCAUCGGAGCUACCAGUAUUGGAGAGGUCAGUCUGAGCGUGGCCAGCGGAAGCCAUCUCGGGGUUUCAAGCCAGCAUUCGGCAUAUGGCGUAACGAAUCCCUCUACCACGGCUCUUGCGGGCAGUAUUACUGGGCACCGUUUGGAGGUUCAAGCUGAUGUAAGCACGUCUGAAACUGCUUCUGCAGUAACGUGCGUGAGCGAAAAAUCUGGGAACACUCUGAACGACGCAGCUUCCACCAAGGCCCUGGCCGGGUCAAUACUAAGCUAUAAGCCACAGGCAGAGUCUAGUGCGUUCUCCGAGGACGGUGCUUCGGAACGAGUACGCUUCGACAAUACCGUGUGUUACGUUAUCGACAGUAAGAAAGAUUCCUGUGAUUUUUUGUACACUAUGCCGUUGGAUCAGGACACUGCAGCCGACAAGGCCAGCCUGGGCAGUGGACGAUCAUUCCGUAGUUCUGAGCGUUCGUUCAGGGAUGAUUUCGAUUCAACCAGCGUGUCUUCGGCGCACAAGCGCAUCAAUUUCGGCAAGCUGAUUCCCAAGCUAAGUUCCAGUCAACAUCGCAAUCUGUCGGUGGACAGUGCAACCGGUUCGUAUAAUAUUCCGGAGAAUGUCAGUCUUGAGCAGGAGCUAGAACAGGAGGAAGCGACUGGUCCGCAUGUGGCCUCAUCGUACACGGCUGCCUCAUCCUCAGCACAGUUGCGAAAUGCUGCAGUACAAUCCGCUGGAUCUACUUCCCGCCAGCACAAAGUUCAGCCCGGCUCGUUGAACCCGUCUCCCGAGCUCGCUGCAAAGCAUACAGGCGUGGCUGCUAAACCUUUGCCAAUGGCUAUAAAUUCAAGUAGCAGCAGCUGUUCAUCGAAUGAAGCGAUCAAUAGAGCAAUUUUAGUAGAGAAUCCUGUUCUGGCAACGUACGGCACGGAUGUGCUGACUACAGGGCUGACAGAGGUGGCCCAAAACCAAACAAAUGAAUCGAAACCAACCCAGCUAUCAGAAUCACCACCGUUGUCCUCGAACUCCGAUAGUGAUAACUCUUCUCUAGGACAACAGCUGACCGCAGGUCCUGCUAAAUCGCGCACGCACAUUUUACGCAAUUUGUUCUUUUCGAUUCCUAAUCCAUCGGAAACGCCUAUAGCACCGACGGAGGUCACAAUCGAGUGCGGACAUGUUCAUUCCACAGCAUCGCGUAGUACCGCGCUGUCGGCGGCACUGUCCUCUCCUCUGUCACAAUCCUCUUCGAAUGCUUCCUCCUCUGCUUCCUCGACAAGUACUCCGGACGGAAAGUCUUGAACUUUUAUUACUAGAGGUAUAUGUACUGUGCGCAAGAUAGGGCAAAUUGAUAUCAUUUUUUGCCAUAAGAUAGUGAAAGGUGGAAUUUGCAUUUUUUUUACAUUGGCCACUCGUUGCUAGGAACGGUUGAUGUGAGUUUCCACGAUUUACCACAGUACGGUUCUUGUGUGUUUUUGUAUCCUCCUUCUCCGUUACUACUGCCUCUAUUAAUCACAAAAAAAUACGAAAAACGCAUCAAUCGAUAUCACAAGACUGUAAUCUGCCAGGAGAAGCAAAACACGGCUAACAUUGUGUUUGUUGAUCAUAGUCACCAACCUGGUGACUUUUGGCGUUGAAAUAAGAGGGAAGAUGCUGUGUUGUAGACGAUAACCCUCAAUCAAGGCGUGGGAUUCGGUAGGUAAAAUUUAAAAAAAAAAAGAACUUAGUUAUAGGCGUUAGGCAUCUCUGUUAACACGCCAAAUCUGCGAAAAAGAGCAUUUUGGGUUUAUUUUUUUUUGUACUAGAACUUGCAAGGAGAGAGAGUGCGAGACAAUAGGAAAAGUAUCUUGCAGAACAAAAUAUUGUUCGAGCAGUACUAGCUAGCACGUUGAAACGAAUGGAAAAGAACAUAGUAUCAGUAGAUAGUGGUAAGGAAGAGAAAAAGAGAUAGAGACAGAGAGAGAGAGAGAGAGAGAGAGGACGGAAAGUUAGUUCUAUUUGACAAAGGUUAAUUUACAGCAGAAGUAAAAGGGGAAAUUCCCAACCGAGGUAGAACGAAAUUCCUUUUUAUCUGAUGGGGUCGAUAGUACUAAUAUUCUAUUUAAAGAACGUUUAAAAUCCCACGACAGAUAAUCUUUAAAUCGCCUUUGCGAAAAAACGUGAAAUCGUGGACAUGCGAACACACACGCAUGAAAUACACAUU